AUGUCGUACGUGGUGCAAGCAAGUAUCUUCGCCGGCGGUCUGGUCGUUGGUGCCGGUGGGGCUGUUCUUCUCUCGAGCAAGCACAAGCCCGCCCCCUCUGCAGUCACCCCGACGCAACAGCCUGCUGGUCCUGCUGCGACCACCACCCCAUCCUCCGUGCCCGACCUCUACACUCUCUCCUCAACGGACGCCCUCGGGCCCGCAGGCUACCCAGGCCCGAUCGCCGACUUCCUCCGCCACGCAGCCUACGUCUCAUCCUACGACCGUCGACUGCGCCACCCCUCCUGGACAGCAGAACACCUCACCUCCGCCUCCCUUCAACGUCCUCCCGGCACCAAACCCGAUCGCUCCAACUCUGUCUUCCGCGAGGACCUGCGCAUUCCCGAACUCUUCCGCGCGCGCAUGGCCGACUAUUUCCGCUCGGGCUACGAUCGAGGACACAUGGUCCCCGCUGCCGACGCCAAGUCUUCCCAGCUAGCCAUGGACGAGACGUUUCUCCUCACCAACAUCGCCCCCCAGGUCGGGGCGGGGAUGAACCGCGACUACUGGGCGCAUACGGAGGACUUUGUGAGGAGGUUGACGGGCAGAUUCGCCGAUCUAUACGUGUUCACCAUUCCACUGUACCUACCGAGGCAGGGGGUGGAUGGGAAGUUCAGAGUGAGCUACGAAGUCAUUGGUUCUCCGCCUAAUGUUGCCGUGCCGACGCAUUUUGCCAAGGUCAUUCUGGGAGUUGAACAAGCACGCGAGGGGAAUGGCGCACCGGGACCGAAAGUCGAGUGGAAGAGCGGACUGGCCAAGGUCGGACUCGGUGGGGGGACGAUGGCGCUGGGCGCGUUCGUUAUGCCCAACAGCAUCAUUCCAAACGAGGCACCGCUGGAGAGCUUUGCCGUGCCAUUGGAGACGGUGGAGAGGGCUGCGGGGCUGACACUGUUCCCACCGGCGGUCAAGGCGAGCGCCAAGAGGUUGUGCGAUACGGUGCAGUGCUCGAUUGUUGUCCGAGAUUUCAGUGACAAGAGUCGGACGUUGACGGCGCCCGGAGCCAAGCCACUGCCUCUGCCUGCGCCUAGGUCGUAG